UAAAAAUGGUAAAAGAAGUUGGGCCUGAAAUGCUAAAACCCAGCCUUUGUACGGGUCGGUCUAUUUGAUAGGAAACGGCGGCGGCCGGCGAGAUUACCUUCCCUAUCAAGUUCCGGUUUACCGUUUAAUCAGGAACUAUUCUCCAUCGUUUCAUAUAAAUUUCUUUCCUAAAUUUCUAAUUUCCUUUCCGCUCCCAAAAGGUAUCGAUGCUACAGCGAUGGCUCUGCACAAUUCUAGUAAACUCUAACCCUAACCGGAAAUUCACUAUUCCUUAUGCUGUUCUGAACCGGAGGUUUCAGGCGCCAAAUCCGGCGAUUCGCCGCCUCAUUUCUUCAACUCCGCGCAUGAGUUACGCCAGAAGAUCGGAAGCGGUUCCUAUUCCUUCGCCCCUCACGGCCGAUAAAAACGAGGUGUAUCGGGCACUCGAGGCCGCUCUAGGUUCCCCAUUCAGUUCUUCUCCCAUAGCUCCGAACCCUAACUCUCUCAUCAUCGUGAUCAGCGGGCCCAGUGGCGUCGGCAAAGAUGUAGUGAUUAAACGUCUGCGAGAAGUCAAACAGAACAUCCAUUUCGUCGUCACGGCCACGAGCCGUCAGAAACGGGCCGGUGAGGUCGACGGUAAGGAUUACUACUUCGUCAGCAAAGAUGAAUUUCUGUCCAUGAUUGCAAAAAACGAGCUUUUGGAGUAUGCUUUGGUUUAUGGAGAUUAUAAGGGUAUUCCUAAACAACAAAUAAGGGAUUAUUUGGGGAAAGGUUUUGAUAUUGUCUUGAGAGUAGAUAUACAAGGAGCGGCAACUUUGAGGAAGAUUCUGGGAAAUGGAGCAGUGUUUGUGUUCUUAGUUGCAGAGAGUGAGGAAGCAUUGGUAAAGAGAUUGAUUGAGAGGAAGACAGAGACUAAGGAGACUUUGCUGGUGCGGGUUGCAACAGCUAGGGAGGAGGUUAGGCAUAUGAGGAGCUUUGAUUAUGUUAUUGUGAAUAGAGAGGGAGAGUUGGAUGGUGCGGUAAAGUUGGUGGAGGCCAUCAUUGAUGCAGAGAAGGCCAAAGUUCUUCAGAGGAAUGCCACCAUCUAGUAACAAUAUACUCGGUUUUUCUCCGUGGAAAUUAAUACAAACUGCUUGUUGUGCUUCGACUCUUUGCUGGUUUAGUUUUGUUCGCAAUGCAUUUUGAUAUUUCUGUAAUCAAUUUUCUGUUUGCUUACAUGGUUUUGCAGAAAGAGACACAGCAGGUGAAGUUUUUCGUGUAGCUUUACUUUGAAUGUGGGUUCUUAAUUGCACGAUUAGUGUUACUAU